AUAGCGACAGCUAUGGGAGGUUUCACAUAAUGCAUAUAAAAACGAAUGUCAACUUUCUCUUUCGUUAAAGGCAAAAGUUUUUUAAAACCAUGUGGUUGAGACGCAGUGAUAAGUAGUGCCUAUAAUUCUAUACGCAAAACAUAGGAUAAUUAAUCGAGGCUGGAUGAAACAUAAGCAAUAGGCUUGUAUAAUAUACCUAAACAAAAACACAUCGCUAAAUAAUUCACUUUGCCGGUCUGAAUGCUAACAACAAAAAGUUUUCGAUAAUUGAAAAUGCUUGAAACUUACAAAUCAAAGUUUUUCGAAGUACUCCUUUUGUCAACCUGUGUGAAAAUAUUGUUAAUACCCGCCUACCAUUCGACAGAUUUUGAGGUGCAUCGCAACUGGUUGGCUAUAGCUCAUUCAUUACCGCUAAAUCGUUGGUACUACGAUGACACAAAUGAAUGGACUUUGGACUAUCCGCCGCUAUUUGCCUACUUUGAAUGGCUGUUGGCCAAAGUAGCACAGUUUGUCGAUCCAGAAAUGCUGCAGCUUCAUAACAGUAAUUAUGUUUCUAAAAGAACUAAAUAUUUUCAACGCUUCUCUGUAAUAAUUAUGGAUGUUGUGUACGCAUGCGGCGCCUGGCGCAUGUUAAAAGCUUUCAGGACUUUGCACAUACGUUACCAGCCAAUAACUGCUGAAGCCUUAUUAUUGUUGAACGUUGGCCUGCUCUUCAUAGAUCAUAUUCACUUCCAAUACAAUGGGUUCCUGUUUGGUGUUCUUCUGUUAAGCAUUAGCUGUUUACUGGAAGAUCGGUUCUUAUUGGGUUGCACAGUAUUCGCAACAUUACUCAAUUUGAAACAUAUAUACCUGUACAUGGCUCCAGCAUUUGGUGUUUAUUUAUUAAAAUUUUACUGUUUGGAUAGCAAACGUUCUACAUUCACGAGUGUACUGAAACUUACAAUUGCGGGCUUGGUACCCUUUGCUAUAUCAUUUGGUCCAUUCUGGCAACAUUUACCACAAAUAUUAAGCCGUCUGUUCCCGUUUAGACGCGGCCUCACUCACUCCUAUUGGGCUCCAAAUUUCUGGGCUUUAUACAAUACCGCAGACAAAGUGGUAGCUAAGGCUUUAAAUAUGUCGAUAGCGGAAAAAUAUACAUCGGGUAUAGUGCAAAAUUAUGAACAUUCUGUCCUACCUUCAGUGAGACCGUUAGCAACUUUUAUACUCACUAUUGCGGCCAUGCUUCCAAUACUAAUAAAACUGCUGUGUUAUACAACAAAGAGUGAAAGCAAAAUUACAUUCUUGCGGUCGGUGGUGUUAUGUUCAUUGUCGUCGUUUUUAUUUGGUUGGCAUGUUCAUGAGAAGGCUAUACUUAUGAGCCUAAUACCAUUUUGUUUUUUGUUUUUCGUUCAUGCUCAAGAUGCCAAGUAUGCGUUUCUUUUAAGUGCGGCUGGUUACUAUAGUCUCUUUCCUUUACUGUUUGACUCCGAUCUUAUAGUAAUACGUUAUUCGUUAUAUCUGGCGUAUAUGACUUUCAUGGAUGCGCAAAUGUUGAGGUUCUAUAAAACCCCGCCAAUAAUGAAUCUUUGGGAAGAUCUUUACAUUGACGGUUUUGUUUUGCUACCGUUAUAUGACCACGUAAUUAGUCCUGUAAUGAGUUUGAAUGAAAAGUUACCCUUUCUAUCUUUAUUGUUGACAUCAGUAUACUGUAGCGUUGGUGUUUUAUACGUUUUUGUGCGUUAUUACUUGUACGCCUUAGAUUUAAAGUUUGCAUUUAAGCAGAAAGGAAAACGUGAAUUGUCAAGGAUGGAAACAAAGUCUAGGAUGAAAGCUCAAGUGAAAAAAAAAGUUAAGAGCUUGAAGGAGAAGUUGCAAUAAAAGCCGCCGUUAUAUUAGGAUUAC